GCGGUCAGUCGGUGCCUCAGGACCCGUCACCCACCUCCACCUGCCCUCCGGGGCCCCCCGGGCCUCCGGCGACAGCCAACGGCAGCAGCAGUGACAUCAUGGUGAACUUUGACCCCGACCCGGCGGACCUGGCUCUGUCCAGCGUGCCGGGCCAGGAGGCGUUCGACCCGCGACGGCACCGCUUCAGUGACGAGGAGCUGAAACCUCAGCCGAUGAUCAAGAAGGCUCGAAAGAUGCUGGUCCCCAAUGAGCAGAAGGACGAGAAGUACUGGAACCGGCGCGUGAAGAACAACGAGGCGGCGAAGCGCUCGAGGGACGCCCGGCGGCUGAAGGAGAACCAGAUCUCGGUGCGGGCGGCCUUCCUGGAGCGGGAGAACGGCGCCCUUCGCCAGGAGGUGGCCGACAUGAGGAAAGAGCUGGGCCGCUGCAGGAACAUCAUCAACAAGUACGAGAACCGUCACGGAGACUUGUGAGGAGGAGGAAGAGGAAGAAGGAGGAAGAGGCGGGGGUGGGGAGGAGGAGGAGACCAGAGAAGGGUACAAGGCAACCCAACAACAGCAGCACUUUAGUUGAAGUGGCGAGGGGGAAAGCCGGCGUAGAUCUGCAGUAAGCGCUGUGCGACACCGGGCGCAAACACAAACAUUGUUUCAGCGUGUCCGCUGUGCUUCAGGAUGUCACGACAGGAACGCACAGCGACGCCAUUUUUUUCCUCCCAUAGUCUGACUCUCUUGUUCAAACGCCGCUUCGCUGACUCCACACGACGUACUGUAUCGCCACCUUGUGUCACCUCGGCAGCUUCCCGCCACCCUCGGUGCCGUGCUUACGCCCGGUGUCGCGCCACGUUUUUGCAGGUAGUGCGUCCGCGUGCUGCUCCAGCCAGUUUCAAACAGGGUGUUGAAUUCACAUUAUGCCAGUGGAAUCUCACUUUUUAAGCUCAAGGCAUGGACACAAGCCAGGAGAGGUCAGAUGUGUAAUUUUUUUCUAUAAAUAGAACAAAAAUAAAACAUGUAUAUUUUUGAACUGGGUAGGAAGGCAAGACUAGUCCAGCAGAGUGGGGGAGGAGGAGGAGGAGGAGGAGGAGGUGCAGGGUUUUCGUCCAUAACGCAAAGAGAUUUUGACAUAGGAUUAUUGUAUAUUUUUCUAUUAGCAGAUAGUCCGGAGGAAGAUUUUGGAGAUAAUCUUUUGUAUAUUUUAUAUAUGGGGGCGGGGAGGGGCUGUUAGCUGGACAGUCACGGGGCCACACAAAGCUUUUCCUCCCAGCUGUUUUAUCGCUAAACAACAAACAAACAAAAAAAAAAUCUAUUUUCAAUUUCACGGAGCAGGUCAGUGGGAGGCGGAGGCAUCACAGAGAAUGUAUCACGGUUGAAUCAGGUAUUUCACGGUGUGACGGCCAGGCGAGGUAUCUUAGUAACGAUUGUUUUCGGCAGCGGGGCGUUGGAAGGAAGACAGUGAAACAAAAAUUGUAUAGUUUUAAGACAUUUUUUUGUGUUGGUUUGUUUUCUUUGUGGGCUCGUUCGAGCACUUGAUUUGUUCGAUCUUCUAUUUGAUUCCGUGUCUGAUUUUUGAAAUAAUCACAGGGCUUUUAUUUUUGAGGAUGCAGGAGAAAAAAGAGAGAGAGAGAAAAAAAAACAGGAGGCAAUUAUCCAGCGGAAUAAUGUGAGCAGAUGUGUGGUUUGCUUUUAGUCAUGUGAACGUGUCGGUGCUCACACACACACACACACACACACACACACACACACACACACUGUUCAUAGUAACACAACAUGGCUGCGGCCGUUCUCUCUCUAUUUACUCCUCAGUUUGUCCAGGAAGUGCAGAAAUGAAAUGCCGACUGGUUUGUGUUGAUUUGCCCGGAUUGAACAGUGACUGAAACCUUCAGCAUGCAGACACACAACAGACACACACACACACAUGCACAGUCCUCACCCUGGAUUUAACCCUUAUUGUUGUUGUUGAUGUUGUUAAUGGACUUCUAUGGUGCUGAUCUGAUCUGAUCCUUCACCUGACACACACACACACACACACUAUGACAAAACUCAUGAGCGCACACAUGCAAACACACAGAAUAAGACACAGUACUGAACUGCCUAUACCCUUUCUUUGUCUUUUAUUCCUUCUUUUUGUUUCUUUUCUUUCUUUUCUUGCAUAUUGUAUUGAUAAAUCCUAUAUAGAUUUACACACAAACACUUGUCUAUACCUCUCCUUCAGACUUUACCCAAUGAGAAACAAGAAAUGCACCCUACUGCUACUGUACCAUACAACUGUACUAUUGAAUAUUAAACUAUUCUCUCACUAGAUAUAUAUAUAUAUAUGUGUAUAUGAUAUAUGCUUGAAUUAUGUGAUUAUAGUUGUAAUAUACAUUAUUGAAUAUAUUACAGAAAAAAAAAAAAAUUUGGAAUCAUUCUGUCAGUUUCUUCUCAGGUGUUUUUGUCUGAGGUAUUAAAUACACA